AUGGAAGCCUUAUUAUUUAAAUUCCUCCCGCUAGUUACGAUCGGUCUUGUGCAUGGCGCAUCGGUGCCUUCAAUUCUUAUAAGUGGUCCAAGAAUUGCGAUCGAAUAUCGCAAGAUCGAGCUAAAAUGUAUCACCGCCUCAAAGGGUAGCAAUUUGCUAUGGUACUAUUCAUCCAACGGAUCCGAUGCGCAGUACGAGCCACUAAACCCGUCCAGCGCCGUUCGUUUGUCGCCGGAUGGGGCUACACUAAUCAUCCGAUCGGUGUCAAAAGAUCACACCGGCACUUACCACUGCUGUGCGAGUGAAACUGUUUGUACCAGGAUGAGACUAUUCGUUCUAUCUGGCACUGAUGACGAGUCGUCAUUGGAGCCCACAACAGGUAGUGCCGCCGGGAAUAGUGGUGUGCUUGAUGUCCCGAGCCAUGGUAGCUUCUCGCUAGCCCUUUAUUACGCUCCUUUCAAUGGAGAGGUUUACAUCGAUCGUAAACCCGCUGUUAGCUUCUGUGAUCACUUUCUGAAACAUGCUAGGGAGUGUUACGAAAAUCGUUCAUCUGACAUGGUUUCGUAUGACGUGCGAAACGGGACGAUAGAAGCUAGUGGACAGUUCGUCAUUAAAGUUCUUCACAACCAACAGAUGGAACAAUUUCUGCUGCACAUCUUGAUACGAGGCGCCCCUACCGUACACAUGAACAAUUACAAUGUGUUGAACAGUUCGACCUACAUCAACUUACAGUGCCGAGGAUACGGGUAUCCUACACCAAACAUUACCUUUUCCUAUACACCAUGUGAUGCAUUGAGCAUGGAUCAUUUAGACGGGUUUAAAAAAAAACACUGUGGCGAAAGCACAAACAUUCCGCAACACUUAGCGCGCCAUUCCGUGUUCAACUAUACAACUAGCUUUGAAGUAAUCGUUCCUUCCUGGCCGAUAGAAAAGGGUCCCGGCAUUGUUACCUGCCAGGCUGGGAAUGUUGAGGGAACCUCAUCGACCAAAACCUUUCUGUACGUGCGCAAUUUCCUCGACCUAAUGCUGUUUAGCGUCGUUUCUCCGACGGAUGUGGUACUGUACGGUGAUACGGUGAAUAUGGCGUGCCAGGUGGAUGUUUAUAACUUCACCAACCAGUUUGUUAUACGUCACAGCGGAAGUACCUACAAUCGAAUGGGACAAAGGUCCGCCUAUGCAUGGACUGUUAUGUACCAAACGCACAUUACUAACGCGUCCCAAAACGUAAUAUCUUGUGUGGUGCACAACAAAAACGGAUCGGUGCUAGUUAAAACAUUGAACUUGCGGAUACACUAUCCCUCAAAGCCUCACAUUGUCAGCGAAAACGAUACGGUAAACAUUACGAUCGCAUCCGGUGAUCACCGCCGGCUGGAAUGUGACAUCGAGGGAACACCAACGCCUGAUAUUGUGUGGUUUAAAAAUGACGAACAUCUGACAAACGAACAAGGAUAUGUUAUCCGCGCUUCGCUCGAACCGGACGAAAUCGGAGCCACUUACAAAUGUAUUGGUGAAAGCCGCUUGGGCAAGGCGAUCAAAGUGUGGCACAUUGUCGUGGAAGGUGUGAUCAAUUGA